AUGGCGGUGGCCUGGGCUCUGGGUCCCCUGGGAGCGGUGGCCAUCGGCACCCUUCUGCUGGCCCUGCUGCUGAGGUGGCUUUGGGACACCGUGGUCACCGUCACCCGCUUCCGGGCCACCUGUCACCAACUGGUGGUGGCACGGGGACAGCAGGGAGGGGAUGGUGGCAACUGCGAGGGGGGUGGCACCUUGAUGGAGGGUGACAGCAGGGACGGAGUGGGGACACAGGCACGGGUGACGGCAGGGCCACGGCGCUGGCACGGGAAGAGCACGGAGGAGGGACUGCAGCAGGAGGAAGAGUUGGUGGCACAGUACCGCCACGGCUGUCUCUGGUGGCUCACGCCGUGGACACCCAUCCUCCGCCUCUUCCACCCCACCACCCUCCGCCCCAUCCUCCUGGCCUCAGCCUCCAUCGCCCCCAAGGACCAGCUCUUCUACGGCUUCCUCAAGCCCUGGCUGGGGGACGGGCUGUUGCUGAGCCACGGGCAGAAGUGGGGUCGGCACCGGCGCCUGCUGACACCCGCCUUCCACGGGGACGUCCUCAAGUCCUACGUGGCCAUCUUCAACCAGAGCACCCACAUCAUGCACGUGAGCACCCGCUGCCUGGCCGGCACCCCCGUGGGGCUGGAGGUGCUGGAGGAGCUCAGCCUCCUCACCCUGGACACCCUCCAGAGGUGCAUCUUCAGCCACCAGAGCCACUGCCAGGAGCAGCCCAGUGAGUACAUCAAGGCCAUCCUGAAGCUGAGCACGUUGGUGGUGAGACGCCAACACCGUCUCGGUUUGGGCCCCGGAGCUGUUUACGCCGCGCCGGCCGGGUCAAGGUCAUGUUUUGUAACCGGAGGCACCGCCGCCGUGGUGCGGCACCGGCGUCAGGCACUCGACCGCCUCGGCCACCAGGCCUGGCUGGAGAGCCACCGGGGACGGAGGAUGGACUUCAUUGACCUUCUCCUGCUCGCUAAGGACGAGGACAGCAACACCCUGUCAGAUGAGGACAUCUCGGCCGAGGCUGACACCUUCAUGUUUGCGGGCCACGACACGACGGCCAGCGGCUUGGCAUGGCUGCCCCACCACCCCGCCCCCUACCAGGAUCGGUGCCGCCAGGAGGUCCGCGAGCUCCUCAAGGGCAGGAACGUGGAGGAGAUCGAAUGGGAGGACCUGUCCCACCUGCCCUUCACCACCAUGUGCAUCAAGGAGAGCCUCCGCCUGCAUCCCCCCGUCACUGCCGUGUCCCGGCGCUGCACCGAGGACAUCGCCCUGCGUGACGGACGUGUCAUCCCCAAGGGGGUCAUGUGCCUGAUGAGCAUCUAUGGGACCCACCACAACCCAGACAUCUGGCCCGAGCCCCAGGUCUACAACCCAUUGAGGUUCAGCCCAGAUAACAGCCACGGACGGUCCCCGUUGGACUUCAUCCCCUUCUCCGCCGGUGCCAGGAACUGCAUCGGGCAGAGCUUCGCCAUGGCCGAGAUGAAGGUGGUGGCGGCGUUGACGGUGGCACGUUUCACCAUUCGGCUGGACACGGGGCGGCCACCGCGUCGCAAGCCCGAGCUGAUCCUCCGCACUGAGGACGGGCUCUGGCUGCUGCUGGAGCCACUGCCGGAGGUGGCCUGA